CCUCCACUUCCCAGAGUGCCCCAGUGAAUCAUGGCGAUGGCCGUGGAGAUCCAGUUUGCCCAGCGCUUGGCGUCCAACGAGAAGCGGUUCCGCGACCGGGCGGUCAAGAAGCUCCGUCGGUACCUCAGCGCCCGCUCACAGCGACCCUCAGAUGUUUUAUUAGGUGGUUUUAGUCAAGAAGAACUACUCAAAAUAUGGAAAGGCAUCUUCUACUGCAUGUGGAUGCAAGACAAGCCUCUUCUGCAGGAAGAACUGGCAGACUCCAUCUCCCGCCUUGUACAUACCUUCAGGAAUCUGGACGCCAAGUUUCUGUUCCUGGAGACAUUCUUCCAGACCAUGAACCGCGAGUGGAAUGGGAUUGAUCGGCUGCGCCUGGAUAAAUUCUACACUUUGAUCCGACUGGUACUGAGGCAGUUUCUUGAGGAACUGAAAAGCACAGGAUGGGAUGAAAGUGUUGUCAGCCGUUUUCUCAGAUGUGUGACAGAUGAAGUGUUGAAUCCCACCAAGAAUGAUGUCCCCUCUGGGGUCCGUUAUCAUUUCAUCGACAUCUACCUGCAGGAGCUAGCAAGAGUUGGUAAACAGCAGUUGACUGCAGAACAGAACUUGAAGUUUAUUGAUCCUUUCUGUCAAAUUGCUGCCAAGACCAAAGAUCGAGUCUUGUUUCACAUGAUCUCCCAGGGAAUCUUUGAGCUCAUUAUGGACCAGGCACCUUUUGCUAUUGAGGAUUUGAUGAAUGAGCUGCAGGCCAGUGAGGAGGACGACGUGUCGGGCGAGGAACUGAAAUCAAGUCAAGAGAGCGAAGAUCCAGCAAAGCCAAAGAUAAAUGGGUCAGCUUCAAGGGAAGACACUGAACUGGAUGGAGACAGGAAGAGUCCAAACCAUUCUCAAUGCGAUGAAGAUAUUGAUCCUGUCCUCCAAUUUGACUACGGGGCUGUUGCUGACCGGCUCUUCCAGCUCUCCAGCAGGGGGAGCACUCCCACCCAGAAUAGGAAACUCCUCUACAAACUGGUGCGAAAGUUCCGGGAUUUGGCUGAAGGAGUCUUCCCUCAAGAUAUCAUUCCUCAUGAUACGUCAUCAGACGAGGAAGAUGAAGAUGAUUUCAGUUGGAAAAAGAAGAAACGAAGACGGGAAAUGGGAUUGUUGGAGGAGGAAGAAGAGGUUAAGAAGAAAGCAGUGAAAGGGAAAAACAAAAAGAAACGGCGUUCCAAAGGGAGGCUUCCAGCAGCAACCAAUGAGAAUGAGGAGCCAGCAGGCGAGAUUGAGAAGGAAGUAGCUGGUCCCACAGUCCAGGAACCCCCGAGGAAAAAGAAGAAAAGAUCGAGACCAGUGGAUACAGCUGUGACCUUAGAGAGUACCUUAUUGAGCAGUGACGCGCCGAGGAUUGAAACGUCGGGACAGGAAGAUCUACUUGGGGAAGACCAAGUGAGCCAGUCCAAGUCAGACACACAACCUUUGAUACCCAUUGUUCCCAAACGGAAGAAGAAGAAGAAAGAGGAGGAGGAGGCUCAGCUCUCUAAUGGGAAGAGUUCACCUGAAGAUUCAACUCCCAGCGAGCCGGUAGUCAGGCAGAAAGCAGGAGGAGUCCUGGUGAAACUUAAGAAGCAAAACAAGAAAGGAGUUGUUGGCGAUGAAGGUGAUGCAGCAUCUGCCAGCCAGGCACCAGUCAGGAAAAAGAGAAAGGUGAAGGAGCUGACUGAGAGGCCCGUCCAGAGACAGAAACUGAUGAGAAGUGCCACAGUCCAGGGUGAUGCUAGGCCAAGUGCUCCCAUCAAGACCUUGAACGCAGCGGAAGCGAGCGAGUUUGUGAAAUUUGAGAAAGUUUCUAUACCAAACUCCAUCUUCAAGAGAGCGAGGAGUGCUGGAACUACGCCUAAACCGUGUAAGGAGAUUAAAGCCAUGCCAACUUCCAGUGCAAAGAAAGUGCGGUUUGGGCUGAGAAAGAACACAACGGCAGAAUUUAAAAGGACUGACAAAAGCAUUCUGGUGAGCCCGGACGGGACGUCCCGCGUCGCAUUUGACCCAAAACAACGGCCUCCCCACAGCGUGUUAAAGUCCAACUCAACGCCAACCUGCUCCCCUGCCCUAAGGCCUAAGCGAGCAUCAUUCUCGGUGAAGAAACGGCCCACAGCUAUGGACUUCUUCUGAGCACAGCCCACCACACUUAUGUCUCUACAAGUCAGUACUGGUUGUCAGCCCAUUCACUCAGUGGUACGCUCUCUGCCAGCUGGGCUGUGCACUCACCCAAAGUCACCAAUUAGUUCUUGCCCAGGCAGAUACCAGCGGACUGCCUUCUCCCACUUCCAACCCCCUUCCCACUCUCCUCUCCAGGGAAUGUUGUUGGGUGGCAUAAAGAAAAAUGCUUCUUCUUUGGCUUCCUCUUAGUUGCCUGCUCUGGUUAAGGUGCAGGUCCUCAGCACGCAGCAGUUUGGGUGUUAUAAAAGCUGUUACUAUUCCUGUUAAAUCAGGGGCCAGGGUCCCACACUGAGCUACUGCUGAGGGGCGCAGUGCUGUGGAAUGGCUGAAAUGUCACAGGGACUGAGGGAGUGCCACACUUCCACACAGAUGUUAUCGAAGUACUCCCUGCUCUUCCUUUGAAAUCUUGGAGAAAUUCAUCGGGUUUGAAAGAUGGCUGAGAAAUUGGAAUAAGAAUAUUGUCACAACACGGAACUGUUCCAUUUGGCUUAUCCAUACCUGUAAAGGACAAUGCAAAAUCCACAGUACGGUUUUGUCUUUUAUCGGAGGAUUUGUCUCAGUCGCCAUCAGGUUGAUGACAUUUCUCCCCAUCAUUGUUAUACCUCAAACACUGGGCAAUAAAAAGAAAUCUGGCUGGUUUCUAAAACUGCUGCUACAUUUCUCCUAGUGUUACACGUGCGUGCUUUCCACACUCCCGCUCAGGAGUAAAUGUUUUAUUGAACCACACACCUGGUUACAGGAAUGUAUUCAGUCCCUGGUCUUCUGUAUUAACUGUACCCCACGGAAUGGAGGGGUGGGGUGGUGCCUACAGCCAAAUGACUAAGUUUAAAAUGAAGAUGAGCUUUAUUUGUCACCUAUACAUUGGAACCUGGAAACAUACAGUGAAAUGUGCAAUUUGCAUCAACAACCAACACACUCCAAGGGUGUGCUGGGAGCAGCCCACGAGUGUCGCCCAGCUUCUGGAGCAGACGGAGGAAAGCCACACUGUUGUGGGGAGACCGUAUAAACUCCUUCCAGACAGCAGCUGGAGUCAAUGCCCACUUGCUGGUGCUAUGAAAUGCCAUGCUACUGUACCACAGAAAAGCUUAGGAGGUUCCAUUUAGAACAAAGCACAGUACAGUACAGGCCCUUCAGCCCGUGAUGUUGGGUUGGGUUGGCCUUUUAACCUACUCUUGCUAUCAGUCUACCCCUUCCUUCCCUCCCACAUCGCUCUCUAUUUUUCUGUCAUCCAUGAGCUUAAGGGUCUCUUAAAUGUCAAUGUCAAAGUACGUUUAUUGUCAAAUAUAUAUACUUUAUACAGCCUUGAGAUUUGUCUUCUUACAGGCAGUUACAAAGCAGAGACCCAGUAGAACGCAUUGAAACAAAAGAUCAUCAAACACCCAAGGUGCAGAGGGGAAAACAAAAUAAAAACUGUGCGAACAAUAAAAGUAAGUAAGUAACAUUCCAAACUGAAAUUCACAAAAGUGAGUUCACACUGCAGUCCACAGCCACAGUUCGGAGAAGAGACGAGUAAUCCUUGCUGAGUAAUGAGUUGAAGUUCUGCGCGGAGGCAAGUAAACCUCAUGGAGUGUGCCUCACCUCCAGACCCAUCACCCUGCCCUUCUCAACCUGGCCUUGCUCUCGGACCCAGGCCCUGUCAAGAUCACAAGACCCACCAAGGGGAACAGCCUUUCCACAUCUACUCUGUCCAACCCUUUCAACAUUCGAAAUAGACAAUAGUGCAGAAGUAGACCAUUCGGCCCUUCGAGCCUGCACCGCCAUUUUGAGAUCAUGGCUGAUCAUCUACUAUCAAUACCCGGUUCCUGCCUUGUCCCCAUAUCCCUUGAUACCCCUAUCCAUAAGAUACCUAUCUAGCUCCUUCUUGAAAGCAUCCAGAGAAUUGGCCUCCACUACCUUCCGAGGCAAUGCAUUCCAGACCCCCACAACUCUCUGGGAGAAAAAGUUUUUCCUUAACUCUGUCCUAAAUGACCUACCCCUUAUUCUCAAACCAUGCCUUCUGGUACUGGACUCUCCCAGCAUCUGGAACAUAUUUCCUGCCUCUAUCUUGUCCAAUCCCUUAAUAAUCUUAUAUGUUUCGAUCAAAUCCCCUCUCAAUCUCCUUAAUUCCAGCGUGUACAAGCCCAGUCUCUCUAACCUCUCUGCAUAAGACAGUCCAGACAUCCCAGGAAUUAACCUCGUGAAUCUACGCUGCACUUCCUCUACAGCCGGGAUGUCCUUCCUUAACCCUGGAGACCAAAACUGUACACAAUACUCCAGGUGUGGUCUCACCAGGGCUCUGUACAAAUGCAAGAGGAUUUCCUUGCUCUUGUACUCAAUUCCCUUUGUAAUAAAUGUUUCUGUUGCUUCAAUAUGCUCUCAGGCAUCUCAAUUUGGCCUGUGCCAAAAUUUGCCAAUUCAACUCAGCACAUAAAUUGGUCAAAUCUGGGGUCUUUGCUUGCUCUCGGGCCGGGAUCCAGGCCGUGCCACCUCGACUCUGCAUUGCCUUGCCUUGCUUCUGUUCUGCUGAAUUGAAUUGCCUGUUUGCUCCAGGAAUGACCAAACAUUGGCUCAAACCUGAGCCCCACUGCCUUGAUUCAGCCCAUACGCACCAAGCCGCUGCUGUCCUGCAGAGUGUUGCAUGCACGUCCCCCCGGUAGUGACCUUUAUUACUCCCCUUGCCAUUUCUGGAGUGUGCAGUGUUGUGCCUCUGGCAGCUGCCUCUCCCACAGUUCGACGGCUCUGGUUCUGUUUCUGCACUGCACCUCUGAUUUACGCAGAUUAAGUUCAUUCCUGGUCACAGUGAAGAAUAGGCUGCAUCUUUGUCCCCGGAGAGAGAUUCCAUCAGCCUGCCCUUUGGCUCUAUUAACAUUCUCACGCUGUAAGAGAGCACAGCAACUCGUUGAAGGCCCUUUGUGCUCAUUCAUCUGUCCAAUUGCACAGUCUGUAGGCCUGGAUCCCGUUCAAAAUCCUUUCCUCAGUUCAAGUAUCUGUUCAGUUCACAAAUGGAAUACAGAUAGUGAAGAUUCAUUCCUGUAAAAUGUGUUGGCCAGUCUCCAUCAGCAGCAUGGUGUUGCUUGUGAGAGUUCUGCUGCCUCUGAAUUGAGAUUCAUCAUUGCAGUGACACCCUGCAAUGGACAGUGAAUCCACAAGACAAAGGGGCCGAAUUAGGCCAUUUAUUCCAUUGAAUCUGCUUCACCAUUCCAUAAUGUCUCAUUUAUUAUCCAUUUCAACCCCAUUCUCCUCCCUUCUCCACAUAAUCUGUGAUGCCCUGACUAAUCAAGAACCUAUCAACCUCCACUUUAAAAAUAUCCAGUGACUUGGCCUCCACAGUGGUCUGUUUAAUAAAUCCCACUGAUUCACCACCCUCUGGCGAAAGAAAUACCUCAUCGCUGUUCCAAUGGACAUUCCUCUAUUCUGAGGCUGUGCCCUCUGGCCUUAGACUCACUCAUUAUAGGAAGCAUCCUCUCUGAGUGGAAACCAUCGUCCCACAGACCCUUGAAACAAUCUAGGAAUGUUCAGUUCAAGGCUACGUUAUUCAUUGCAGGUUUCAGUCUGCUGUGAUCAAAAUUGUGCAAAAUAGCAAAUAAAAUAAAAGAAUAACCAGAAAAUGUAAAACGA